GGUUGAAGGCUUCUGUGGAACCUUCAAUUCCGUCAUCUGAUAAAAUCUCGCUUUGAGAGAAUAAGGCGGUGGACGCGAGAGGAUCGUGAGCCUCGGCUUGUAGCUCAAGUGAAUGAUAAAGGAAAAGAGCCCAAAAGUUAGUUGCGCUGAUCACGCCAUCUCGACCCCACCCAGGCUCAAAUGAGGUCAUUUUGUCUUUUAUCAACUUAUUGCCUCAAGAAAAAUCUUUCCAAACUUCAGGAGUAGAAUCAAGACCAUUCGUGAUUAUACCAAUCAGUACGAAGCAUCAUGAGUGCACAGAACCCAGCCGCGCAAGGGGUCCAGGCCCAGCAGCCAACAGCCGCUAAAAUAUCGCCCAAGGUCCUGCUUAUCGCUAUGUUCUACGAAGAAUCAAGGAAUUGGCUUUCCGCUGGUAGUGCUCUUCACUUCUCUCGUAAAGUGCGCGUUCCGGGCUUGGCUAGGGGCUACGAAGAUAUCCACGUCACAGAGAAUGGCGAAGUCGCACUCUUGGUAGUCGGAACUGCCCUUAUCAACGCAUCUCUAUCGAUUAGUGCUCUUCUAACAUCGCCGCUCUUCGACCUCGCAAAGUCAUACUUUGUCCUGACCGGUAUUGCAGGCGUUAACCCCAAGCGAGCAACUAUUGGCUCUGUUGCGUUUGCAAAAUUCGCUGUUCAGGUUGAUACACAGCUGGAGUUUGACGCGAGAGAAGUUCCGGAGGAAUGGGGGUCAGGGUAUAUCCCAAUGGGAGCAGACAGGCCCGACCAGUUUCCUGGCAUCGUGCAUGGCUCUGAAGUAUUUGAGCUUAAUACAAACUUGAGAGACUAUGCUCUUUCCGUUGCCAAAACUGUCGAGCUUACAGACUCACCAAAGGCUGCUGAGCAUCGGGCUUUAUGGAAGAACUCUCCCGGUGGUGUUUUUGACGCAGCGGCUGAGGAUCCCACCGUCCUUGAGGGAGAUGUUCUGUCUUCCAAUACCUUCUGGCAUGGUCAUCGAAUCUCUGAGGCUAUGGAGAAGGUUGCGAGAGUUUAUACGUCAGGACAAGGAGAAUACACAAUGACAGCUCAGGAGGAUAAUGCCCUUCUAGCUGGCCUCUUGAACGCAGCACUUCAAGGGAAAGUUGACUUUUCACGAAUCCUCUUGAUUCGAUCUGCUUCCAACUUCGACAGAGGACAUGAGGAUAAGCCCCAUCAGCUUCCUUUCGUUAUGGACAAAGGUGGCUUGGGGCCAUCCACUCGCAACCUCUAUCUUACUGCUCUCAAGGUAAUUCAGGGGAUCUUGGAGGAGUGGUCCACCAGAUUCGAGGCUGGCAUCCCUGCUCAGAAUUAUAUCGGUGAUAUCUUUGGCUCGCUUGGUGGGACACCUGGUUUUGGCGAUAAGCAGAAUGUUGAACAGAUAAGAUCCCACUAAAUAUGGCUAUAGGCUUGCUUCCGAUCAUCCAUAGAUUUCAAUGUUCCUACAUAGACUCGAGAUAACCACUUGGCGCUUGAGGCCGAAUAGAUAUACAAAUCGGGAUAUGAAUGACAAUCUGGACACACAUUUAUCUGACUUAUGUGAGCGAUCUACAAUUGUUUGCGACUAGCUAAUUCAAUCAAUGAUUUUACAUGGCUCGAAACAAGCAAGGUUUUAGUUCAGCUACAAGCCUAUGUGAGAUGAUUUAGGGCAACGUCACAGGGGUCUUCGUGGCAGGGGCAAACUUGGGGCAUUGAAUAGAAACAGAAGCAGGACUUAUGGAGAGACUCAGCUAUAUAUCCUCUGACUCGGGCCAGGAGAAGAAAUCAAGAACUUGACACUAGGUGAAAAAGAUAUUUAGGUAAUUUAGUCUACGUUUAGGG